AUGAAUGAGAAGAGGAAGAAUCUGCUGGCGAGCAAGAUGGAGGCUGAUCGCCAUGAGGCCUGCAAGUGUGGAUCUGUGUCUACAGCGUAUGAUGGAGAAGGGGAUUCUAGUCUGGUCGAUCCAGUGACAGACAGGGCCACGGCCCUGAGGGGAUCCUGCCCCUUCCUUUUCCUGACCCUGGCCCAGAACAUUGUACUACCCAGCAGCUGCCAGCGGUUUGUGAGCGAACACGUUGAUUUCCCCAAGACCAGACCCCCCACUGACCAGAGCUACUGCAAAGCCAUGAUGCGGCGCCUCAGCCUGACCCACUCUGGCUGCAGACCCAGCAACACCUUCAUCCAUGCUCCCACCAGACAGGUUGGAGCCAUUUGCAGCCGCAAAGGGAGAUGCGUCUACCCCAGCCUCAACCAGUGCGACAGCCUCACAGCCUUCCGCCUCACCACGUGCCUGCUGGUGUUCAGCCCCCGCCGCCCACCGCGCUGUAUAUACAGGGAAAUACCCCAGACCCGCAGGAUCCGCGUGGCCUGUAACCAGCAGCAGCAGCCCGUGCACUUCCUCAGAAUCCUGUAG